AUGAAAUUGGAAAAGGAUCAGGAACUGACCAUGGCAAGGCUUCGUGUUGAAGAAUUGGAGUCAUUGCUAGGUGUUAAACAGAAAGAGAUUUGCACAUUGAACACGAGGAUAGCUGCAGCUGAUAGCAUGACUCAUGAUGUUAUUCGGGACUUACUUGGUGUGAAAAUGGACAUAAAUAGCUAUGCUGAGCUGAUUGACCAGUACCAGGUCCAAAGAGUGGUUGAAGAGGCUAAGCAACAUGCUGAAGAGAUAAUUUCCAAGGAGCAAGAAAUCAUCAACUUGAAGAGACAUAUUGAUGCUCUUGUCAACGAAAGAGAGAGUUGCAUGUCAGAGUUGAGCAGGAAAGAUACAGAUGUUCUUGCGACGCAGAUAUCUCUGGACCAACUACAAGAACGAGUUCAGUUGCUUUCUAUGCAAAACGAAAUGUUGAAGAAUGACAAGAGCAAUUUGCUGAGGAGGUUAGCUGAACUUGAUCGAACAGUCCACAAUGCACGUGCCAGCAACCAACGUGUUCAACAGACAACAAAGGACACAGUGUCAUUUAAACUUGCUGACACUGAUUAUACCAAGAGACUGGAAAAUGCUCAGAAGCUUCUUUCCCAUGCUAAUAAUGAAUUGGCAAAGUAUCGCAAAACUAGCAAUUCUAAUCCAUCAACAAGAAUUCAGGGACAGAGCUCGGCUACAAGGUAUCGCUAA